AUGCCAGUUUAUUGGUAUCCCGAAGAGGGCGCCGUCAUCAGAGGAGAGUUGAUUAAAGCAGACAUCAUUGCCAACUUGAUUCAACUCGCCGCAAAACUGCACGAGAUUCUGAUCGUCUUGUCGCUAUCUGCAAUCGCAUUGUCGAUAUUUCGUCGUCGCCUCGUCGGAGGUGGUGUCCGGCUCGGAUUCCUGACGGGCGGUUAUCGAGUGGGUGAUUUGCCGUAUCUCUGGAGUGCGGCCUUCCGUCACCAGGGCCUUGACAAGUCGAGACCAUGGGAACUGGUACACUGCAACUCGGCCUUUGAAAACAUUACUCUCCCUCUUAUAUGUUACAACGAGUCCGUCGAAGUCUGGACAGUUCAUUUGCGCGAUUACAAUAAUGGGUAUACAUAUCGGACAAAAUUGGGAACUUGCGAUAUCCUGGAUUCGUCCAAAUAUCCAGCUUCAGGCUAUUCUGAGCUGAUGGGCUGGGCUGAAAAUUUGGGAGCCACAGACUUGGCAAACAAUCUGAUAUUCCAAUCCGAGUCUACCAAGAUCCGCCGAUAUCUGAACAUUACCAAAAAAGGCGACAGGAUGCUCAGUACGACCCCACCGCAUUUUCUCAUGAACAGUAUCGGUCUUUUCCAACAAUUCAUCAACACCACAAGCGUUGGCGCUGUGUCAAAGGAACCCCGUUACCAGUUGACGUCUAAAGGAGACAAUCAGUACCAGCCGUUUGUCCAGUCCAUUUGCGAGACACAUCCGUACACCAAUUCGAGCCCAUAUCUAUCCUUUAAGUAUCCAGUGGGCCUUGAAUGCUUUGGAGAUGCCGACUGUGAACAUACUAAAUCACACCCACCCUCUCUUGCCGAUGUCUGGCCGAAUGCGACUUCCUGGAGCAGCAAUAGUCUCAACCCAGAAUACACAACACACCAUGACAAUUCUUCGGUUGUUUUCACGAGUGGGCUCGUGUCGAAUAAUAACAUGGACCGUGAGCUUUACCUGUGUACGAUGUUGGCGAGCUGGGCGGGGUCUACAUUCACGUACACCCCCCAAGUUGACGACAUUCUUCGGGCCAGACCCAGCGCUGGCAAUGACCUGCAAGAGGCGUACCACAAAAGGUUUGAUGGUAACAUCCGGGUCAUCAAGUUUGAGAGGGAUUGGUUUCCCAUAUCCAACCCGGAAUUAAAAUUCAGCAAUGAUCAUUUGAGCAAUACCACCGUCGGCCGGCUUAUUCAACAACUAAGAUAUAAUGAGACAAAGAACGGCACCAGUGCAGAUCACAUAGACCCGCUUGGUCACAGCGAUACUCCUCCAAAUAUCUCUCUCGCCAAGGUUUUUGGAGCGUACCUAACCGAAAGUCUCUCGCGAAGCUCAUUGGGCUCGGGUCCGUUCGUGAGGCUGGUCGAGACAGACAAGGAGCUCAGUUUAGUAGACCUGACGAACCAGCACGGCUACUUUCGCGACAUCAGGACAUACAAACGCUUGAACGAAACGCAUUCAAAUGUUACGGCCCAGGGGAUCACGUAUUAUCCAGAACGGACAUUUGAAAACUAUACGGCAACGUUUAAACAAGCCUUGAACAUUGACAUGCAAGCCAAGCGCUACGGGUACGGGUCGGGCCAGCGACGCCGCACACUGGAUUUUGCCGUCUCCAUGAUGUGCAUCUACCUCGGCACUGUAUUCACCUACGGUCUCGUGAUUGCUGUCCUCUCUGUGCUGGAGUUGCUCCAGAUCCAUCUGUGGGGAGGACCUGUGCGGGUCUUGAGUGUCGCGCCGUGGUCAGACUUGCAGGAUCUCUUUCUUCUCGCCCUGAGAACGCCAAAUCCCAAUGACCAAGAUUCGGCAGACGUAGGUGCCGGCGUCACUUCGGAUCAGAUUUGGAAGAAGAUUGUACGGGUCAGAGCAGAUCAUGCUGACAAUGUGCAAUUGGCUCUGGACCAGAAUCCGGAUGAUACAAGUAAAGUAGAGACGGUUGGGGGCAAAAAGUAUUAUUAG